AUGACGUCCGCAAUCAUUGAGGGGACCCUCGAGGCCUCCAGCACAACCAUGCAAGUUUUGGGCAUGUGGUUCAAAGCCCUAUUCGACCAUGUUCUUGUUCCCCUUUUCAAACGUCUUUACAUUGCCUUCUGGAAAAUCGUCAACUUCUUUGUGCAUUGGCAUAAGCUCCCAAAGUGGCUCAGUGUCUUCAACCUGCUCGCUCUGCGCUUUGAGCUGAGGGACCAGAAUCUGUACGACACUUAUCCAUCCGACGGCCGCGAUCACCAAGGAAACCCGAAAACCUGCCCUCUUGAGGAUACCAAAUACAUCAGCUCCAGGCACUCAGAUGGCAAGUUCAACGAUCUCAGUGGCCCCAAAAUGGGCUGCAGAGGCAUGAGAUUCGGGCGCAACGUGCCAAGGAAGCACACCACGGCCCCUUCUCACAAGGAGCUGCUUACACCCAACCCGAGAUUGAUCUCUGAGAAGAUCCUUGCGAGACCCGACAACGGCUUCAAGCUGGCUACCAUCGUCAACUUGCUUGCCGCUGCAUGGAUUCAGUUCCAGCACUUCAACGAUACCGCCAACUCUUGGGACGUUCCUCUUGCCAAGGGUGAUACGUGGCCCGAGAGAAAAAUGAGGAUAUACCGCACGAAGAAGGCUGAACACCUUCGGGGAGACGACGAGGCGCCGCCUGCUUACGAGAACGAGUGCACGCACUGGUGGGAUGGCUCUCAGAUCUACGGGUCCACUGAGAAAGAAACUCAGGAGCUCAGGGCGCAGUGCGAGAGGGAGGGCUCGCGAGGUCAGCUCGCCGUUGACGGUGUGCAGGGUGCGCAGUUCUUGCCUCGUGGCCAAGACGGCAUUCCCAAGACGGGGUUCCAUCAGAACUGGUGGAUCGGUCUCGAGCUCCUGCACACACUGUUUGCUCUGGAGCACAAUGCCAUUGCUAAGCAGCUUGAGCUCUCGAACCCUACUUGGACCAGUGAUCAGAUUUUUGACACUGCUAGACUGGUCAAUUGCGCUCUCAUGGCGAAGAUCCACACAGUUGAGUGGACUCCUGGAAUCUUGCAGCAUCCGGCCCUGCAGGUUGGUAUGAGUGCUAACUGGUGGGGACUCGCUGGGGAGAAGCUCUGGAAGGUGUUCGGGCGAAUCUUCGACAACAAGCUCGAGGUAGUCUCUGGCAUCCCAGGCUCAGAUGUGGACCACGACAACGUGCCCUACUCCCUCACAGAGGAGUUCGUGUCUGUCUACCGCCUCCACCCGCUGAUCUCUGACAACAUCGCGUUUUUCAAUGUCAAAAACGGACAGCAUGAAGGGACUCUUCCGAUGAAAGAGGUCGCCUUCGAAUCGGCCCGCAAGCCCCUCAACGAGAAGGGCUUCGCGUCAGGGCUGGGACUCAACUUCGCAGACGUCUUCUACUCGUUCGGAGUCAACUACCCGGGAGCCAUCCGCGCCCACAACAUGCCGAACUUCCUGAGAGACCUGCACAUCCCGGCUGACGAGGAGUUCCCCGAAGGCAGACACCUGGACAUGGGCACCGUCGACAUCCUGCGCGACCGCGAGCGCGGCGUGCCUCGCUACAACGCCUUCCGCCGCCUCUUCCACAUGCCAGCGGCACGAAGCUUCAUUGAGCUGACUGGCGGUGAUCGCAAGCUGGCUUCCGAGCUUGAGGGCGUCUACAACGGCGACAUCGAGGCCGUGGAUCUCCUCGUCGGAACGCUGAGCGAGCCGCUUCCCAAGGGCUUCGGCUUCAGCGACACUGCUUUCCGGGUCUUCAUCCUUAUGGCUAGCCGCCGCAUCUUGAUUUAA